CCUAAUCCAACGAGUUCUAAGACAGAUUGCAGCCAACUCCAAAGCGCGCCAGUCCUCUGUCUCUCACUUCCAUGCCAGAUCUCUCCAAAAUGGAGCAAACCCAUUCUUCCCUCUAACUUUGCGAAAUUUCUCGCAAUUUCUUGCUCCAUUUGGACGGAUUGUUGACUCGAUUUGAAGAUCUGCUUCGAAUCCGGACCUGGGGUCUUGAGAAAACCCCAUGAAAGAUUCAAAUCCGACCACAGAGCCCAUUGGGCAGCAUCUCAUUAAGCUGAUAAGUAAUCUCUGUUUCUCUGUUUUUGUGUUUUCUGUUCUUAUUAUCACUGUCAUUGCCAUUACUUACAAGCCUCCAGAUCCAUGGCUUGAAUCUACUCCUGCUCUUACUAAGCUCUUUACUGCCUCUGAGAAUGCCACUUUUAAGAACGAUGAAUCUGUUGUAAAAACUGGGGAGGAUUUGGUUUCUGUUCUUCCCCCUGUACUGCCGUCUGCUCAGGGGAAUCAGAUCACUGAGGCGGUGAUUGAAAAAUCUGAGGAGGUAAUUGCUAAUUCUACUCCUAAAUUGAGUUGUGAUGAAUUUCGGGCUGUAAAUUGUUCCGAUCCGCAUAUUUUGAUUGCUGUUGAGAGGUUUAAUUUGAGGGUUUUUAAGUCUAUUGCGUUCCUAGAGUAUCAAACUCCGGUUAAUGGAUCAAAAGAAGAUGAAUGUGAUGUUUCUUGGAGAUUUAGGAACAAGAAAGAGAAGUCAUGGAGGAAGUAUAGGGAUUUUAGGAGGUUUAAAUUUGAUGUUGGGGAGGAUUGUCAUUAUAAGGUAGUUCAUGCUGGUGGUUGGCAUUCAGGUAUAAAUGCUCGACGACCGAGAAGCAACCGUACAAAGGGUGGAGGAAGUGCUAGAGUUUCUCCACCAGUACGGGAUGAGGAGAUCAACGACACGAUCCCGACGUUGGGAUCGGAGAUGAAUUUCAUGAAGGGUAAGUACUUGUACUAUUCGCGUGGAGGGGAUUAUUGUAAAGGAAUGAACCAAUAUCUAUGGAGUUUCUUGUGUGGUUUGGGAGAGGCAAUGUAUUUGAACAGGACGUUUGUGAUGGAUUUGAGUGUGUGUUUGUCUGGUAGUUAUAAUCCAAGCAAAAAAGAUGAGGAGGGGAAAGAUUUUCGUUUUUAUUACGAUUUUGAGCAUCUUAAAGAGGUUAGUUCUAUUGUAGAGGAGGGUGAAUUUCUGAGAGAUUGGAAGAAAUGGGAUAAAGGCCACAAGAAGAAGAAGAAGAUACCUGUUAGGAAGGUUGUGAGCCAUAAAGUGACACCAAUGCAGCUGAAGAAAGAUAAGAAAACGAUCAUAUGGAGGCAGUUCGAUGCUCCCGAACCUGAGAAUUAUUGGUAUAGAGUGUGUGAAGGGCAAGCUGCGAAGUAUAUUCAGCGACCGUGGCAUGCCGUGUGGAAAUCGAAAAGAUUGAUGAAUAUUGUGACAGAAAUCAGUGGACGUAUGGACUGGGAUUUUGAUGCUGUUCAUGUGGUUCGAGGAGAUAAGGCACAAAGCAAAGAGCUAUGGCCUCAUUUGGAUGCUGAUACAUCUCCUGAUGCUAUUCUUGAAAAGUUGAAAGGGAUGAUUCAGCCUUGGAGGAAUCUGUAUAUAGCCACCAACGAACCGUUCUAUAACUACUUCGACAAAUUACGAUCUCAUUUUAAAGUCCAUUUGCUUGAUGACUACAAGGAAUUAUGGGGAAAUACGAGCGAGUGGUACAACGAAACAACGCUUGUAAACAAUGGAAAACCUGUCGAGUUUGAUGGGUACAUGAGAGUUGCGGUGGAUACUGAAGUGUUCUAUAGGGCGAAGACUCGUGUUGAAACGUUCUAUAAUUUGACAAAAGAUUGCAAGGAUGGAGUCAAUACGUGCUGAUCAUGUCGACGACAGCAUUACUCGUAGGUGAAUCGUGUCCCUUGUUUACUUUGUUAUUGAAUUUCUUAAUGAUUUGAUGAUCGAAACCAUUCUGGUUCAAGUUAUGCUCGCUCCUUUUUCAAAAUUUUAUGAAUUCAUGAUUUUGAUUCAACUCUCUUGUAUUUUUGUAAUAUACAAACAAGUCUUUACU